UGCUUUUUGCUUCCAAGUUCUCAACCCUGUGUUUCUCAUCAUUUCCUUUUUUGCUUCCAUAUUCUCAAAUCUGUCUGUGAUCAUCACCAAAAAAAAAAAAAAAAAACUGUGUGUGUGAUAAUUUCCACUAUUUGUUUUUCAGUUUUCACAUUUUCUUUUAUUGUCUCAAUUAAGGGAAAACAAAAACCAGCAAACUUUCUUUUAUUUCUGGAAACCAAACAUUCUUCAUACCUUGAUUUAGAGUUGGCAAAAGAAACAGCGCAGAGGAUAGUUCAGUGAAGCUACUUAUUGCUCUCAAGCUCUUUUUACUUUCUGGUAUUCACAGACAGAAACAGAGACUAUCAACAAAAAUGGCCGAAUAUGUUGCCCCUGCUGCUGUCGAAAUUGUGGCAGACCAGGCAAAGGAAUACGCAUCACCCUAUCUCCGUUACUUUUUCCGUUAUGGAGAGAUUGUUGAAGAUUUCAAGAAUCAACGAGAAGCACUUGAAUUGAAGAAAGAGAGGGUGGACACUCGUGUCGAUGAGGCUGAAAGCCAAAAUGAGCUCAUCCAUAAGGACGUUGACAACUGGCUUACAAGCGCUGAGAAAGAACUGAAAGAAACCCAGAACUUGAAAGAUGAAAUAGAUCGCGUCAAGUGUUUCAAAUGGUGUCCUAAAUGGGGCUGGCGAUAUUCCUUAAGUAAGAAACUGGCAGAGAAGAUUCCUAUUAUCUCUGAACUUUUGGAGACUUCUAACUUUGCACAGGUGGGCUAUCGUCGUCCUCUUCAAGGAAUAGAGUUCAUCACAUCCACUGAUUUCAUGGACUCUAAAUCUUCAAAAUCAGCUUUCAACCAGAUCAUGGAGGCUAUAAAUGCUAAGGGUGUCAACAUGAUCGGACUGCACGGAAUGCCAGGAGUUGGUAAAACAACUUUAGCCAAAGAAGUUGGGAAGCAUGCUCGAGAACAAAAGUUGUUUGAUAAAGUUGUAAUGUUUACUAUGUCCCAAAAUCCAAACAUCAGAACAAUUCAGGAUAAAAUUGCAGAGAUGUUUGGUUUAAAUUUUCAUACAAAUACCGCAGAAGGAAGAGCAGAAGAGCUAUUCAGGAGUAUGCAAGGCAUGAACAAAAUCCUCGUAAUUGUCGACGACCUCUGGGAAGAAUUCAAAAUGGAGAGUAUCGGAAUUCCAUUCGGUGAUGAACACGAGGGUUGUAAAAUUCUUCUGACUACACGUCGUCAACAAGUCUGCACUAAAAUGAACUGUAAGGAAAUUCAACUUGGCAUCUUAUCCGAAGACGAAGCAUGGGUUUUAUUUCGACAUAAAGCUGGUUUAGAAGAUGAUUGUUCCACCUUGAAUGAUGUAGCCAAAGAGGUUGCUGCUCAAUGUAAGGGAUUGCCUCUUGCAAUUGUUAUCGUGGCCAAAGCUUUAAAAGGUGAGAGUUUAAAUGGGUGGAGAGACGCAAAUCAGAGAUUCAAGGACUCAACGCAUUUGUAUGAUGAAGAAGUCCUCGGGGGUGUCCUCGAGCCUCUUAAGCUUAGCUACGAUUACUUGAAGAAAGGCAUUAACCAAAUGACGGGAAAUCACAUCCAAAUGUGUUUCUUACUGUGUUCCCUUUUUCCUGAAGAUGAAGAAAUCCUUAUUGAGAUAUUGAUUAUGUGCUGA